ACACAUUGGACAUGUUGGUUGGGACCCAAACACAGGCUUUGAUGUAAACAACUUAGACCCAGAACUGAAAAAUCUGUUUGAUCUGUGUGGAAUUUCAGAGGCUCAGCUGAAAGACAAAGAAACUUCAAAGGUCAUCUAUGAUUUCAUUGAAAAAACAGGAGGUGUGGAAGCUGUUAAAAAUGAACUGCGCAGACAAGGUCCCCUGCGGUGGAGCGCUCCACCUCCACCACCACCGUGCAGAGGAGGACCCCCUCCACCUCCACCACCACCUCCCCAUAGCUCAGGCCCUCCUCCUCCCCCUGCUAGGGGCCGGGGGGCACCACCUCCACCUCCUUCAAGAGCCCCCACAGCAGCACCUCCACCCCCACCUCCAUCCAGACCUGGUGCCGCAGUGCCCCCACCUCCUCCAAACAGGAUGUAUCCUCCACCACCACCAGUGCAUUCAUCAGCUGCACCAUCCGGCCCUCCUCCACCGCCACCACCACCGGCAAGUGGGUCAUCUGUUCCUCCGCCACCUCCUCCUCCUCCACCGCCUCCUGGUCCUCCUCCACCACCAGGCCUUCCUUCAGAGGUUGAUCACCAACUUCCAGUCCCUGCAGGAAACAAAGCAGCACUCUUGGAUCAAAUCAGAGAAGGAGCUCAGUUAAAGAAAGUAGAACAGAACAGUCGACCGGUGUCCUGCUCAGGAAGAGAUGCACUGUUAGACCAGAUUCGACAGGGUAUACAGCUGAAAUCUGUAUCUGACGGUCAGGAGAGUGCACCACCUACACCCGCACCCACCUCAGGAAUUGUGGGUGCGUUAAUGGAAGUUAUGCAGAAGAGGAGCAAAGCCAUUCAUUCUUCAGAUGAAGAUGAGGAUGAAGAUGAUGAAGAAGACUUUGAGGAUGAUGACGAAUGGGAUGAUUGAUCAUAUAUUAUUAUUAUAUAUAUAUAUUUUUUAAGGUGAAUGAUAUACUAAACACUACUUUCUGUCUAUGGAUUCUGUAAAAUUAUCAUGUAAAUGUUCUACCAAUUUGCUGUAUAUUUUUGUUGCCUUUUGCUUUUUUAUUAAUCUGUGCAAUACCUCAUUUAAUCUGUAAAGGUUUGUCAUAAUCCUCUACAAAGCUACUCCCUGUUAAUGUGUGCAAGUUUACACCUGGAUGAUCAUGUACAUGUGAAUACUUUCCAUUCCAUCAAUAAGGGAGUUUAAAUGUAAUAUGUGAGACUUGACAAAUACCUUAAUGUAAUUUAGUUAUAAUGCAAGAAGGAAAACACUAUUUUCAUACCCUACUUUUUCUGUAUCUAAAUUUUCUUAUUAAAACCUAGUAUAGCAC